AUUUUGAUUUGAUUUUCUUGCUCUUCACUUGAAAGCCCAACCCUUCCCUCGUGUCUCGCUUACACUCGAUCUGUCCGCCAUUCGAUCCAUCUGGUUUACAAAACCAAACAGAUUCUUCUUGCUUUGCUCAUAUUUUUUUCGGAUCUUCUUCUUCUUCCGAACACGAGUAGUACUUUGUUUUGUUUGACGGGAAGAUGAGCACGGGAGAGCUCCUCGGCAUCGAACCUCUUGAGCUCAAAUUUCCUUUUGAAUUGAAGAAGCAGAUCUCUUGUUCUCUUCAACUGUCUAAUAAAACUGAUAAUUAUGUCGCUUUCAAGGUCAAAACAACAAAUCCCAAGAAGUACUGUGUCCGACCAAAUUCUGGGAUUGUGUUGCCUCGCUCCACAUGUGAUGUUAUAGUUACGAUGCAAGCACAAAAGGAAGCUCCUCUUGACAUGCAAUGCAAGGACAAGUUUUUGCUUCAAAGUGUUAAAGCUAAUGAUGGUGUCGCUGCAAAGGAUAUUAAUGCAGAAAUGUUCAGUAAGGAGGCAGGGCAUGUUGUCGAGGAGUGCAAAUUGAGAGUGCUUUAUGUUUCUCCCCCUCGACCACCUUCUCCUGUUCUAGAAGGGUCCGAGGAAGGGUCACCCCCCAGGGGUUCUGUGUCGGACAAUGGGAACGUUAAUGGCACCGAUUUAUCUACUGGAACAAGGGCAUUUGUUGAGCAUCUUGAUCCUCAAGACAAAACUUCGGAGGCAGUAGCUCUCAUUUCAAAGCUGACUGAUGAAAGGAAUAAUGCAAUUCAACAAAAUAACAAGCUUCGUCGAGAAUUGGAGCUCCUGAGAUGCCAAGGCAACAAAAAUCGCUCUGGUGCAUCAUUGAUGUUUGUCAUCAUUGUUGGCUUGCUUGGCAUAUUGUUGGGGUAUCUCAUGAAGAAGACGUAAGCAGCUAUGCCUCAUAUAUCUCGGGCAUAAGUUUUUCCAUUUUCCCUGUUCCUCACCGGUCAAAGAAUGAUGAUGAAGGGAAAAGAAACUAAUGAACAGACUAUGGUGGAUUUCUUAUUUUUCUGGAACUAGCAAAAUUGUUCAUAUCAGGUGAUAUGUUGUAGCUGCUUAACUGCCAUGCGGGGUGACCUGUGCUUUUAUUGACCUUCACAUAGAUUCUUUUUGUAAAGCUU